AUUCUUCCUUCUCUUCGACAAAGCUACCCACUUGUCCCUCUCGGCCAUAGGAAAAAAGCAAAACAAGGGAGAAAACCAUCAACAAAGGAGAAAACAUGUCUACAGAUUAUCGGUCAUUUCAGACCCUCAGUUUUCCCGACUCAACUCAAGAGAAAACCGGACCGUCUCUUGUUAAGACUCUUCACUGUUCCCCUCUUCACAACAACUUUAACGCCUAAACUUCGCGUUUCUUCUACCGCCUUUGUUGAAUCCCAGCAAGCGGGGCCUGUUGUGGAGGGGAAAGAGGAAACUGGUGGUGAUAAUAUUGUAGCUUGUCCUAUUUGUUAUGAUCCAUUAACCGGGAACGGUGACUCCACUUUAUACGUUGGAUCGUCAUCUGGGUCUAAUUUGCAGUGCAACACCUGCAAAAAGGCUUAUUUCGGUAACGAAACGCAUCUCGACCUCGUGUCUUCUAGCGGAUCCAAGCAGUAUGAUGAAUCCAUGCCACUGGCUACUGAAGUGUUCAGGACUCCGAUGGUUUCAUUUCUCUACGAGAGGGGCUGGCGUCAAAACUUCAUAUUUGGUGGCUUUCCAGGUCCUGAGAAAGAGUUUGAUAUGGCUAAGGAUUACUUAAAGCCAGUGCUUGGUGGAACUAUUGUUGAUGCUAGUUGUGGCAGUGGGAUGUUCUCCAGACUUUUCGCCAAGAGUGGAUUAUUUUCUCAGGUCAUUGCUUUGGACUACUCAGACAACAUGCUGCAACAAUGCUAUGAAUUCAUCGACAAGGAGGAAAACUUCCCGAAAGAGAAAGUGACCUUGAUUCGAGCUGAUAUCGCUAGACUUCCUUUCAAGUCAAGUUCAGUCGAUGCUUUGUAUGCUGGUGCUGCUUUGCACUGUUGGUCUUCACCAUCAACAGCUGUGGCUGAAAUAAGUCAAAUUCUUCGACCUGGAGGUGUUUUUGUUGCUACCACCUACAUUCUUGAUGGGCCAUUUGCAUUUGUGCCAUUUAUGAGGACAUUCCGCCAGAAUGUAAUGGGAAAAGCAGGCGGCCAUAUCUUCCUUUCCGGUCGAGAACUCGAGGAUCUUUGCCAAACUUGUGGUCUCGUUGAUUUUACAUGCGUCAGAAACGCACGUUUUGUGAUGAUCUCGGCCAGAAAACGCAGCUAGCUAACCAUCCAUAAAUGUUGCUAAACUUGCAAAGCCCAUGGCAGUCUCUUCUGCCAAGUUCACAUUUUCUCAUGCAUCAGUUACUUUGUUCGUCUAAUAUGAUAUAAAAUGUAUAGCAUACCUUUAGAUGCAUGUAUGUAAAGCAGCAUCUACAUUUGGCCUCACCCUAUGAAAU